AUGUCGUCCAAUCCUUCGCGUUCUUCCACUCGCCCAUCCAGCGAAGUCGAGCGAAACACCUAUACCAAUGCAUCCACCACUCCUUCACGAAACGGCCAUGCCCGGCAGCGAUCCAACACCGCCAGCUCGAUCCGCUCCAACGGCACCGUCCGCGCACCCAUCGUUUCGAUGGACCAUGACACCUCUCCUCUUGCCAAGUUUGGCAUCAAGGGAGACGGCCUCAUGCUCUUUGUUACCUGCUUUGCCUCUCUCGGCGUGUUUCUCUUCGGAUACGAUCAGGGAGUCAUGAGCGGCAUCAUCACCGGCCCUUACUUCAAAGCAUACUUCGAUCAUCCCACCGCUUACGAGAUCGGAACGCUCGUUGCCUCGCUCGAGCUCGGAGCUCUCGUCACUAGUCUUGCCUGCGGUCGACUCGCCGACAUCUUUGGCCGCAAGAGUACCCUUUUCUGGGGUGCCGUUGUCUUUUCCGUCGGUGGCGCCAUCCAAACCUUCACAACCGGCUACAACUCCAUGCUCAUCGGAAGGAUUGUAUCUGGGCUUGGCGUGGGAAGCCUUUCUAUGAUUGUGCCUACUUACCAAUCAGAAAUAUCUCCGGCCGAGAACCGUGGCAAGCUUGCGUGCAUCGAGUUCACAGGCAACAUCAUCGGUUAUGCCAGCAGCGUGUGGGUCGACUACUUUGCCUCGUACAUCGAGAGCGACCUCUCGUGGCGUCUGCCUCUCAGCAUUCAAGUCGUCAUCGGUGCUACGUUGGCAUUUGGCUCUGUCCUCCUUCCCGAGUCUCCGCGUUGGCUGCUCGACAAGGACAUGGAUCAUGAGGGCAUGCGUGUCCUCGCUGAUCUGCACGGUGCCGGCGAUCCCACCGAGCCGCGCGCCAAGCUCGAGUUCCGCGAGAUCAAGGAAAACGUCCUCUACCUCCACAAACAGGGCGACACCUCCUAUAGACGGAUGCUCACCCAGUAUCGCUACCGCACCCUCAUCGCCAUGUCUUCCCAAAUGUUUGCCCAGCUCGUCGGCAUCAACAGCGUCUGCUACUACCUGCCCAUGAUCCUCGAGUCUGCCGGCUGGAUCGGACGCGACGCUCUGCUCAUGACCGGCGUCAACGGCAUCAUUUACACGUUAGCCACGGUGCCCACCUGGUUUCUCGUCGACCUCUGGGGACGUCGUAUCAUCUUGCUUUCGGGCGCUGUUGGAUGCGCCGCGGCACUCACAGCCUGCGGCUACUUCCUCUACAUCGACCGCGACUACACUCCGCAGGCCGUCGUCGGCUCGAUCAUCGUGUUUAAUGCUGUCUUUGGAUAUAGCUGGGGCCCAAUUCCUUGGCUAUAUCCGCCAGAGAUUAUGCCUCUUGCUUUCCGCGCGAAGGGAGCCUCGUUGGCGACGGCGACCAACUGGUCGUUCAACUGGUUGGUGGGCGAGCUGACGCCGAUUUUGAUGGAGAAGAUUGGCUGGAGGCUUUACAUUAUCCUUGCCUUUUUUGCAGCGCUGGCGUUCGUCACGGUGUAUUUCGGGUAUCCAGAGACAUCGGGUGUGCCGCUCGAGGAAAUAGGUGCGCUCUUUGGUGACGAGAUCAACGUUCCCCAGGACGAGGAGGAUGAAGACGAUGAAGACGAGAACGAGAACCAGCAAAGCGGAGAUACCAGACAACGCAGAAGCGCGAGCACCGAUGGAUCCGAGGACGGCCAUUUCACUCCCCGCCCCAUACGCCGGUCCAUCUCGAGCCAUCCGCGCUUGCAGUCGGAGGAAGAACGCGCGGCUCGGGCAGCGGCAGCGCGUGUAGCAGCUGAAGAUCGACGAGCUGCUCAGUCGUACUUCGGACUUGGAGGUGGGGGCGGAGGUGUGUUCGGCUGGGUGGGGCGCUUGCUCGGAGGAGGCAAGAGGGAUGCGCCGCCCAAUCGCAGCUUGUACGAAGAAGUACGGAGAGAUGAGCACUAG